UUUCGUGGUUACGCAUCAACACUUGUGACCUACACACAAUCUCGCGGAUUUAAUCUGCAGUCCGUGAUUGAAUCACUCCUCACAGUCACUGCAGGGGCGAGGAUGUGUGGCAGGGGGAACGCCGGGGCUGCGGCGAUAACUUUAGAUGUUUGUAAAUUAUGUUUGUUUGUCCUGCCUGUAGUGUUGUCAAGGGAGGUCGGAUCGACUGGAAACUGUUCAGGAAAUGGUUUGGCGGAACCCUUGGCCAUAUGGGGAAUGAAGGAGAGAGACGCCUUGUCCUGUACGCUGUGGGGGACGGAAAGAUGUAAAAAUGGAACUCUACCCCGUCAAGUUGGGGGGGAUUUCAUGGGUGCUCCACAGUCACUGGAGGUGGAGGGGGAAUUAUUUAAAGAUAACGCGGGCAAUCUCCACCCCCAAGUCGUGGUUACAUGGGAACCACCUGCACAAGGUGCUGGGUUUCACAGCCUUAAAGGAUUCUACGUGAAAAUUUACAAAAUCCCAGAGAACUCUGUGUUCCGUUGCUAUGUUUUCGAUUUCUCUCAAAGCAACUUUACAUCAAGUGAUCAUAAGCUUAAGUUCAAAAAGAAGAUCCUGGGAAUAGAUGGUGGAUCAGAUCUUUUAUACCUCCUGGAGAUGUACACACUACCCCUGUCAACAGGAUCCAAGUCAAAAGGCCGGUACUUCAGACUUCAGCCGUUUCAAGAUGGCAAGUCCCCCGGGGAUUGGUCAGCUGCCCUAACCUACAAGGGAGACAACCGCAUGGCCCCUGCCGAUAUCACCGUGAGAUUUAGCCUGGCACCCAAGGAAUACAAGUUUUCCAGAUAUGUCGUGAAGCUUGUCGGAGCCCGAAGUAGUCUCAAUGCUGUCAACAAGUGUGAAAUCGACAUCAAUCACGAUUCCUCGUGCAAAGGCGUGAUAAUCCACCAACCUACCGAGAAUGCUAGUUCCAUCGCCCUCACGUUCUUUGAGCUUCAGGCAGAUAGUUACAAAAUUCGGAUACAACCGAAAGACUCCUACAGGUGGACGCGUGGUCGAUGCCUGUGUUAUCAGAAGACAUCAAACACGUCCAGGCGCUGCUUCCCCUGUCUAACCACGGAGACUGACUGGAUUAAUGUAACGCAACACGAGGAUGCCUCAUCCGCACCAUCGACAUCUCCAGUAGCGACAGACACCCUCGCUACCUCACAAGAUUCAGGGGUGGUGGAGUCAAAAGAUGCCUCAUCCGUGACAUCGACAUCUCCAGUAGCGAAAGACACCCUCGCCAACUCACAAGAUCCUGGGGUGGCCGAGACAACUAUGUCAAAGAGACUUAUUACAGUGGUAGCGGGAACGGUUGGCGUCCUGAUAGGCUGCGGCUUUGUGUGCAUGGUGGUAGUUAUGCUGUGGGGCAAGAAGUUGUCUUGGGCAACACAGCGUCUCAUGUAUAAUAGCAUCCCAACCCGUGACCGCGGCAAUGGCACACACAGUCGACCUGCUCUUUAUGUGAGGAAGGUUUACUUGGUGUAUGCGGAAGAUCACAAGGACCACAUGAAUGCGAUCACCAAUCUGGCCAGCCAUCUCAAGAACCAAUGCUGCUGUGAGGUCUUCUUUCUUCGCUGGUUCCCACGAGCAGUCCAGACAAUGGGAGUCUACCAAUGGAUUCUCACACACAUUGAUCAGGCUGACUUCGUGAUCAUCAUCAACUCGGAGGCAGCGUUCAAACUUUUUGAAACUCGCAACACCAAUGCAUCUCUGAGAAGAUUGGACGAGGGCCCAGAGGGCGACACCUUCUCUCCGGCCCUCACCCAUGUCAUGGCGAAGUCAUCAGAGCCAGGGUUCUUCAAGAAGACAAUCCUAGCCCAUUUUGACUACACUGAUGAGGACUUCAUCUUGAAGGAGGUCAGUCCCGGUGUUCAGUACAUGUUGCCGAAACACUUCAAGGAGUUCCUGUGUCACAUCCAUGAGAUGAGUGGAGAGUCUGAUCUUGAUGAAAUGGUUAACCUGGAUGCAACUUCAAGCGGGCGACAGUUACUGGAGGCCAUAAGAAAAGCCAAACAUUUCCAAAAGUCGGACCCACAAUGGUUUGAUGAGAGGUUCUAUCGUCAAGAGGAUUCAGCCUAUGACUCCCUCAGUGAGUCCAAAUGUGACAGUCCAGUGGGAGUGGAUGACUCUGUCUCCAUAGCAACAAGACCUCUUAGAGGAAUAUACACACGUCCUUCUGAAUCUGACAAUGCUGAUGCGGACUUCAAAAGCACUGUGACAUACAACACUGAUUAUGCCAGGGCUCAUGGGGACUAUGUUUUUGAUGUGAUCCCCCCGAGUGAAGUCUCAGCUGGGGCUACAACAGAGUUCUUAUACAGACAGUUGGACAGCAUCAAUAAGCAGAAUGAAAAUAACUCUAUCGGCUUUAACCCUGUUCUUACAGUGCGAACAGAUGUGGAUGAAACUUCACUGUCUACUUACAUGGUUGACCCUCCAGAUGUUGCAGGCCAAGGAGACUCCCAGCCUGACAGUCCCGUCUCCGUCGAGGGCAGAGACGAGUAGAUUUUCAUAAAUGUGGAAGAUUGAGAAAGCAGGUAGAAUGAACUCUGUAUUGGACAGUGUUUAGUACAUAAUGAUGUUUUCUACAUUGGUGAAACUGACGAACAAUGGAAUUCAUUUCUUAACAUUCCAUCUUUGAAAUAUAUUUCAACACAAUGACCUCUUUUUUUUAAAUUUUAGGGAUGUUUGCCUUUAGUUCCCUCAAACUAUUUCAUAUGCAAUAUGCUUUCAUAACACUUAUAAGAUCACAGAUUGCCUCAAAACACAUAUCUGCACACUGUUACCUCCAAAUCAUCUUCCCGAGGCAAGGGAGUUAACUGACUAGAACAGUCCAGAUUCCACCCUUGCUGAACUAGGCUGGAAUUUUGUGGCUUGAUCGUAGCGCUACCAAUGGCUAUUCUGUCUUUCUGUGUUCCUCCUAUGGACCAAUCAGAUUCCACCUCUCAUAUCACUUGCAUUUGCUUAAAACAAAAUGGCAGCACGCAGUCAAGACUAUCUGAUUGAUCAUCAACAUCUAUUUUGUCAUCUUUCCUCACGAAGUGCAUCAAAUCACUUGAGCGCCUUCAUUAAAAACAUGAAAAGAUU